CUACAGUGCACAGUAAACCGAAGGAGCUUGAACUGCAAUGACAAAAAUGGGGAGCCAGAUCUGUGCCUUCGUCUCUUCCUCCCUGAAAGCUCUCUAUAUUUAAGAUCUGGUGGCUGUACAUAGUUAGUGUCUCGUUUGUUUAACAUGGUUAUUAUCUAACUCUCUGUAUAGGCUCCAAAGCGAGGUGUUAAGGCGCCGUCGGCGGCGAAGAAGAAACAGGCUAUGCAGGAGAAGGUGGCGAACCCUUUGUUCGAGAAGCGACCCAAGCGUUUGGUAUUGAAGGUGCGCUGCCCCCUAAAGGGGACAUACUCGGUUCGUGAAAUGGCUGAAAGUGGUCCAGAUUCAGAGGAGAAAGUUCCUCCUGCGUUGAACCAGUUCAUCAAGACCCUCGACAAGAACCUUGCAUCAAAUCUGUGUAAGAUGCUGCUCAAGUAAAGACUAGAGGACAAAGCAUGAUGUGGAUCCAAUGGAGUUGAUUGUCCAGGGAAAAUCUCUUUUGGGAUCAGUAAUUGUGAUUGGAACCUUAGUUUUCUUUACUUUCGCAGCAAAGCUGAUCCAUGUAUUGAUGCUAUAAUUGAAAUGGCUGACUUUCUGACGGAUUGUCCACAAAAAACUGCAUCUGUCUUGUGUUUAACAGAGUCGAGAAUGAAGAUAAAACUGGAGUUCAGCAGGAUCUUAGAGGCGUUUGAUCUCUACAUGACGCUCUUGGUUUGUUUCUGUUGGCAUGUUUAAUUUGAUUUGGGAGGUUUCUCUUGUGCUAUUAGGCCAACUUCAAUGAUAAAUUGAUAAGUAUGGCAAAUGCAGGAAAGUGGGGAGGUGCAAUCAUUUCCAAAUCCCAGGUGAAGAGCAAGGCCAGAAAGAGAAGCUCCUUGCCAAGCAAGCUGCUCAGAGAAUGACUUAGUAGACAGUAUUACAUGUUCCCUUUCUCUCUUGAAAAUUGACUUUUUUUUGUUGUGUUUGACGGCGAUGGCUGACGGAAAGCUUAAUCUCCCGGAAGAUCUCAUCUCUUCCAAGUCUCCUGAUGAGCGCUUCUCCGUUGAAGGUGAAGCCUGGGGAGGAAAUGGUGAGGACAAGACUCUUAUGGGAUUGCUUGAUGAGUCUAAAGAUCAAGUGACUUCAGAGAGCAGCAUACCUCUUUCUCCACAAUGGCUUUAUGCUAAGCCAGUUGAUUCUAAGAUGUUAGGUAGUGGAACAACUGGGGACACACAUUCACCAAAUGCUUUGGCACAUGGAAACCUUGCCGACUCCAAUUUGAAAGACAGCUGGCGUUUAGAUGGAUCUCAGGAAAAGAAAGACUGGCGGAGGGCUUCCGCUGAGGUCGACAGCAGUCGUCGCUGGCGUGAAGAAGAGAGAGAAACAGGCCCACUUGGUCGAAAUCGCAAAAAAGAUGAUCUCCUUGUUGAUGCCAUUUCUGCUAGGGAUAACUCUGAGAACAGAGUAAUGUCUUCAGAUCGUAGGCAUGACAUUGCUAACCGCAAUUCUGGCCAUGAAUCCCGGCGAGACGGCAAGUGGUCAUCAAGGUGGGGACCCGAAGAAAAAGAGAAGGAUAUUCGAACUGAGAAGAGGACAGACGCGGGAAAGGAAGAUACUCACAAUGACAAACAAUCUUUUGUCAGCAACAGCCGGGCAGCUUAUGAACGUGAGAAUGACUCUCGUGACAAGUGGAGGCCUCGACAUCGCAUGGAAGUUCAUGCAGUUGGCUCUGCUGCGUAUCGCACUGGACCAGGAUUUGGCUUGGAGAGAGGACGAGUGGAGGGCUCUAAUAUGCGUUUUGCUCCCGGACGAGGAAGGGCUACUGGUAAUGGGAGCGUGCAAAUAGGCAGGACUUCCUGUGCUCCUGCUAUUGGGUCUCUUUGUUUGGUUAAGAGUGGCAAGUACUGCUAUCCAAGGGGAAAACUUCUUGAUAUCUACCGUAAUCAGAAGUCUACACCGAAUUUUCAUGCCAUGCCUGAAGGGAUGGAGCAUUUAUCGCCACCAACUCAAGUAGACCCUGUUAAGCCAUUGGCUUUUGUUGUUCCCGAUAUAGAAGAAGAGUCUGUCCUUGGAGAAAUAUGGUUGGGAAGAAUUACGAGCAGUGGGGUUUUUCGUGAGUCGUUUAGAGACAAGUAUAAAAUAUCAAAUGAUGAUAUUACAGGUAUUCAUGAUGUUCGUUUAGCUGAAGAGAAGCAGAUUUCCUUAACUGAUGCUGAAGUAACUCUAGAUUCUUCUGACGAGGCCGGUGUAAAUAGGUUCUGCAAAGGUGGUGUUGAGGCAUCUAAUGUGUCUGGUACUCAGAUUGUUAUGGCUGAGGAGAAGGAUUCAUUUAUAGAAGAACAGAAAAUCUUGGCAGCAGUUAGUGUGGAUGCAAAUGAUGUCUCUAACAAUACAAGAGAGAGUGUGCCAGGAAACAGUGUUCGUGCAAUCAAGGGGUCUGGAAAAGAAAAGGCUGUAGAUAUGGAUUUUCCUGCUAACUCUAAGUUGACAGAUAUUGAUGCGCCUACUUCUUUUGAAAUUGGUAGCCAGCUUCCUGAUGAUUCAAAUUCUUUAUUUGACUUUUCAUCUCUGCGUCAAAAUCUGAGUGAUGACCCACUCCGUCUAAGGAGCGGUGAUGAAGGACAUUUAUUGGAAAGUGGUAUCCCGCCAGAGGAGUUAAGUCUGUACUAUCUUGACCCGCAAGGCAAUAUGCAAGGACCAUACUUGGGGAUUGACAUUAUUACAUGGUUUGAGCAAGGCUACUUUGGUACUGACCUACUAGUCCGUUUGUCUGAUGCCCCUGAGCACUUGUCUUUUCAAGAACUUGGUGAGGUCAUGCCACAUUUGAAAAUCAAAACUGGGUCUGCUUCGAGUGCUGAUUUAGUGACUAGGCCAACACUGUCUGAUGUUGUGGAAGGCAGUUUGGAGGAAAGUGCACUGGAUCCUGCUUCUGCUUUCGACUUUAAGGGGUUGGAUUAUACAGAAAACCAGCAUUGGUCUUCGUCUGGAUUUGAUGUGAUGCCAAGUGUUGGUGGUCAGUCUCAAGUACCUGACCAUAGUUUUCGCACUGAUGUCCAGUAUGAUCAAAGCUUCAAAAACUUUCUUGCUCAAGAUGAAGAGAUCGUCUUUCCUGGAAGGUCUGGAAGUAAUACUGGCAUCCCCUUGAUGGGACCUGAUAACAGGCAUGGUUCAGCUUCCAAUCCCACUGGUCACCCUUCCCUCGGGACUAAAUUUUCAGAAACUAGCUUGCCUCAACAUCAGGAUGAUAGGCUGCAUCCAUUUGGUCUACCAUUGUCUGAACUCAGGACUAAUUCUCAUUUGAUGUGUGGUCAGUCAUCAAAUAUUGUUACUGGUGUGGAUGAACAGGGUCACAGGAGAGAUUCCUUCUUUGAGGAAGACACUGGUUUUACUAGUCACAGGUCUUUUGGUGUGAUGGCUGACCAAAUUCCACUUGUAGGGAUGCAGUCUAGUGAUUAUAGAAACAAACCUUUUUCUGGUCCAAACAUAAAUUAUGGGCCAAUUGAUGCCCAUAACUUAUCUCACAGGGAACAAGAAUUCAACGAUUUUGACUUGGCAAAGCACUUGAUGGCUCAUAAAUUGCAGAAGGAACAACUUCAGCCACAUGAUCUUUUAUCUUCUCAUGCUUUUGCACAAGCCUCUGGGUUGGAGGCAGAUCAGAUUCCAGGUUUUACUCAAAGCAAGCUUCCUAAUCUCCAGUCUUCGGUCCAUAAUCCAUUUCCAAAUAGGGACAGGCUUUUAGAACUUCAGUUUCAACAGCAGCAGCGGCAACUUGAGCUUCAACAGCAGCGGCAACUUGAGCUUCAACAGCAGCGGCAACUUGAGCUUCAACAGCAGCGGCAACUUGAACUUCAGCAGCAGCGGCAACUUGAGCUUCAGCAGCAGCAGCGACAAUUUGAGCUUCAACAACAGCAGAAACUAAUGCUGAUGCAGCAGCAACAGCAACAAGAGCAACUCCGUCACCACCAAAUAAAAUUACUGCAGAAACAACAACAGCAACAGCAAUCUCAAGUUCAGCAAUUGAUUUAUGAACAAAUGCUGCAGCAUCAGAUGUCUGAUCUUGGUUAUGGGCAGCCAAAUGUGGAUCCCGUGAAAGAUAACUUUCUUGAUCAGGCGCAGUUGAGGAUGCUACUUCUGCAUGAACUACAACAAAAUUCUCAUACUUCAAGUCAUUUUGAUCCAUCAUUGGAGCAGAUACUCCAAGCAGAGAUUAGUCAAAAUGCACUUCGGGAACAGGAGGCUCAUUAUUUUGACCUCCUAUCACAAGUGAAGCAUGGUGAAAUGCAUCCCUCAGAACAUGAACUUCGUUUACGGCAGAAACAGUUGCAGGCUCAGCAGAUAUCUAUGGCACUGAGGCAGCAAUUGAGAAUGGACAGGGAUAGGCAUGUUGGUGGAUCAUGGUCUGUUGGUGAAACUGGUCAGUUUCAGCGGGAUCCUGCCGGUAGUCAUCAUUCUUUUUCCGCAGGAAUUAGUACUUCAGAUUUUUUCCAGCAACAGCAGAGGCUUCCUUCUCAUGAAGAGCAAUUGGGUCAUCUUAAAAGGGGUCAUAUUUUACAAGAGCAACAUCAACGUGGAUUUUACGAGCCCAACUCUCAAGCAUUUGAGAGGUCAAUUUCUCUUCCCGCUGUUAAUUCAGGGAUGAAGUUGGACAAUGCAAAUGCCCAAGGUCUAGAUUUAGAACAUUUAUAUAUGCACUCCGCUGACCAGUUGAGUUCUUUCUCUUCUGGUGCAUCAGCUGUUGGUCAACAAGUUGUUGAUGACUUUCGUGGUUCUUAUUCGCAAGCUAUGGCGAUGCAGAUCUCUGAAAAUAAUAGGAAACUAGACAAUAGCUCGAUUGAAGGAAGGAUGCAGCAAUUGCAUCUUGAAGCUGAGAGGCAAAGAAAAGUUCCAGACAGUACCAUAAUUUCUCCUGACUUAGAUAUGUGGGGGUUGGCUAGAACUCACGAGGAAAACUCCAAGCAAGCUUUGGUGGACCUUCCCCAGAAAUUGGGUGUUCAGUCUAUGCAAUCAUCGGAAGUUGAUCAUGAAUGCCCUAUAUCAUCUGAUACUGGGGAAAUCCUUAAGCCAAUUUCUGAGUCAUUUUCGUCAAGUGUUCCUUUUAAUCGUUUCCCAGGUAAAGGAGCUAGCAUGAAUAACUCAUUUGUGGAAGGGCUUCAGAAUUCUAAUUCCGGUGUUUCCUUGCAAGAUCGUUUGGUCUUUGAGGCAAUGAAUAGACAAUUUAACCAUCAGGGAAACAGUGAAGUGUUGCCACUCAGAUUGAAUUCUGCAGCAUUAUUAAAAGAGUCGUUCUUGUCAGGUGAUUGUGAUAUGACUGGGAGAGACAUGGAUAAGGGGAAGAGGAAUGGGUCUCCAGGCAUAACUGCGAUGAACAGGUCAUUUUCAGAGAGGGGAGAUGCCUUGAUGGCGGAAGCAGAAGGUGCCAUGGAUUUUCGAGAGUUACCUAUUAAUGCCCAUAGCAGGCAUAGUUCAAUAAGUAGUGCCGGUGGAAAUGGAAGCUUGUAUAACUAUGAUUCGGGAUUGGAUAAAUCAGUUGAAGAGGACGUUUUCAAUGACAGACAGUCGUCAAUUUUGAGCAAGGGGCUUGCUUCACAUAGGCGGCCGCCUGUAUCUCGGGCUCUGGCUUCGCAGGAUGUUUCAUCAGAGCUGGCUUCUUCCCCACUGAUUAAGCUGAAAAAUUCAACCAAUGUUGCAACUUCAGAUGACGUGAAACGUGAGUCUACUGGGAAUUCGGCAGCUGCCCAAAAUGCUCGAACACAGGCAUCUGGUAAUAGAGAGGGUCGUUUCCGGAGGACUUCAUCUUGCGAUGAUGCUGUUGUAUCGGAGACAUCAUUCAUGGACAUGCUUAAGAAACCAGUUCCUUUGGAGGCUGAUGCAUUAAAUGCUGCCCCUGCGGAUUCUUCCGAUGGAGCUGCCAGUGCGGUUGCAGGUAAGAGUGGCAAAAGGAAAGGGAAAAAAGGAAGGCAAAUAGACCCUGCUCUCCUUGGCUUCAAGGUCUCGAGCAACCGGAUCCUGAUGGGUGAAAUCCAAGGCCUUGAUGAUUAAAAUGAGUUGUCUAUGAUGUAAAUCUUUUGUAAAUUGUAAUCCAAUUUUGUAGAUUAGUAACUUUCUGUACAGAUCGAGUGUAGAGCUUAGUUUUGAAAUUCGUUCAUUCUUUAAUAGUCCGGGAGGGAGCAGAAUGUUGCUCUUGCUUCUGUCUUGUGGAUGUGGGAGGUUCAUGUAAUUACAUUUAACAAUUUGUAACUCUCCAAGAUAACAUCUUUGCCAAAGCUUCCUCGGCAACGAGUGGGUUCUUUCCUUUUACAUACAAGCCUAUAGGUGUUUUGUCGUUGGA